UUGUAUGAUCGUCCUCCUCCAAACUGCGCCUCAUCUCUUUUUCGAGUUCGCUUCAUUUGAUUACAUCCUUUGCAGCUGUCAUUUGUUUUCUAAUUUGACGUUUGUUCGAUGGAAACUAGUUUUCCCGAAUGCAGUGAUUUUAAAAUUCUUCUGUUUUCUCCAUAAGUUUUCCGUUUCACGCAGCAAAUUUUUGCUGCAGCCCUUGUGAUGUCUGAAUCUGAAACGCCAGUAUUAAGCCAGUAUUUCUCGGACUCCGAGAACAAGGCGAUAGUGGAUCAAGAGGGCAAUCAAGUUGCCAAUAACAUCAACAGCAAGGAGGAACCAAACGUUUGUCGUCUGUUUUCCAAGACGCCUUCCGUCCUCAAAGAUCCCACUGCAGCUUUCUUCGAUUCCAUUGGGACCUCAGCUAGUGCCAACACUGGGAUUAUUAAUGAUCUGGGAUUGAGCAAUGCCAUUGAAGAUAAUUACAAUGCUAGGUUGGCUUCAGGCUCAGAGAUUGAUAGAAGAAGAGAUGCAUGGAUUCCUACAGAACGCACCAGGCAAUGUUUGAUAGCUUAUGCCACUGCAGCUGCUGGGACUUAUUUCCCAGAGAGGGAUCAGCUCACUAUGCCAGGUGUUAUUUUAGAAGAGGAAUUGGGUGACUGUGUUGGUGAUGCUGUUUCCAUGUGUUUGGGUGAAGCUGAGGCUUCUCAGAGAAGAAUCUUGACUGCCAAUGAUGUGACUCAGGAUGAGAGAGGUUUGAGGGAAUUGGUGCAAGCUGGAUCCUAUAGGGCUGCUAUAAAUUUAACUGCAAGGUUGUUAAAUAUCUAUGGGCAAGGAAAAGGAAGAUCUGGGUUUGCCAGUAAACAUUCGCCCAGAUCUUUGCAGCUGUGGUUCACAAGAAUCGCUUUGCUUAUAAAAAUCAAGUCUUAUUCGAUAGCCGAAACCGAGGCGGAGCAAUUUGGGGAAUUAGAUAAACCCGAUUUAUUCUAUCAGUUCUAUCCGGAGAUGUAUGGAGGUCGUUCGGGAUCGAUAGCUUCGUUCUCGUUCCGUCUGCUGUUAGGAGAGUUACCAAUGCAUUGCAGCAAAACUAAAGAGUCUUUGACGAAGUUAUUCAACCUCUUAGCAACUAUCAAACAGAUUUUGAAAAAUCUACGUGGAGAGUUGUGCGAAGACGGGACUCCAGCUGAGAUCAGCGCCGCAGACCGCGCUGAUUCCAUCAAGCUUUGGUCCUGUCGCGAAUCUAGGAUAAUGCAUUCGAUCAUCAACUGCGCCUUAGUUCAGAAGGAUUACGAAUUGGCCACCAAUUUAUUAGAACAAUUAUGCGAUAGGGACGAAACACCUCAAGAUUCGUUGUUAUCCGCUCUGGGACGACUCUAUCUUCAAAUGGGAGAUGUCUCCGCAGCUGAGAUGUGCUUUAACAAGGCGAGAUCUCUACGAAACACGCCGGAAAAUUUCAGAGAGCUAGUGGAUAGAGGCCUCAUAGCUGUAGCCCAGAACGCCUUCACCGAAGCCUAUCUGUUCUUCGAGAAAGCCAGCGAAUUGCAACCGAAUAACGUGAUGGUGCUGAACAACAUGGGAGUGUGCUUGCUGUACUCCGGCCAACUGAAGGAGGCUAUCGGAGUGUUAGAGUCUGGUAUCACGCUGAAUCCUGUCCAGGGUCUGCACGAGUCUCUGGUCCUGAAUCUGUGCACGCUGUACGACAUGGAAUCGUCGAAGGGACGUCUCAAGAAGUUCGCAUUGCUCAGACAAAUUUCACGGUACCACGCAGAUGCACCGACUACAAUUUUAGAGAAGCUUUACGGAUAACUUUCAGUUAGAACAGUAGAACAGAUUUUAUUGCAAUUUUACCUACGUUUUAAAUGUAUUUAUUUUUUAUAUACAUAUUUAAUUGAAGUUUACA